AUGUUCAUCGGUCCAAGUAUGAUAGCAGCAAUCAAACGUGUGAACCAUAUAACCUUCCACGUUACUGAUGGAGAACAGUUGGUUACGGAUUUGGUCAGCAAAUUCAGAUGCACUUUAUUUGCUACUAGAGUUACGAAGAAAGUCAAACAGCUUGUUUUUAGGAAGGGGUCUUCCGUGUUUGUUGUCAACCAGAAAGUAAGAGUGAGCAGCAGUAGCCAAGGAUAUGAGGGUCAUUCACUGGAAAUGCGUCCGGAUUAUGUUGGAUCUGCUGGUGUCCCAAAUCAAGAAUGGGUGCAUAACUGGGACGGUCAUUUCCUUUACGAUGCGGAGCCAUCCGGAGCCAUUAGUACUGCCUCUAAUCUGAGUUUUGAAGUGGAUAAUCUGAAUGCCUUGUCUCGACACCUUCGUGAUUCUGGGUGCAAUCUGCUUGUACCGCCGACUAAAGUUGAGGAUGACUCAGGCUUCGUUCUGUACUCUGUUGUGAAGUCAAUUGUGGGUAACGUCUGCCAUACUUUGAUUGACAAGGCAGCUUAUCGAGGGGAAUUCUUACCCGGCUUCCUUCUGCUUGACCGUGGUAGGAUACGAGACGAUGACACCAUUGGCCACAUCGACCACGUGACGUAUGCCUGCCCAAGGGGCAGCACACCGCACGUGCUGGAUUGGUACGAGAAGUGCUUCGGCUUUAAAAGGUUUUACAUAAACAGAAAUGAAGAUGUCCGUGAAGGCUUAGUUAUUACUGGAAAUGGGAUUGGUUUACGACUGACUGCAAUGCAAUACUGGAACUGCAGUGAAGCUGGAAUGGACCCAUCUGCCACAAAAGUUGUAAUAGCAGAGUCACUGCCCCAGCAAGGAAACAAUCAGGUUGACACCUUCUUAAAUCAGCAUGGUAGUGCUGGCAUACAACAUGUGGGCUUAUACACCAGGGAUAUCAUUACUGCUUCUAAAAUAUUUACGGAUGCUGGAGUCCAGUUUCUUUGUCCACCACACACCUAUUAUACUGAGAUUGGAAAGCUGCAGGAGAUACAAGAAGCAGGCCAUGACCCUAAUGUACUGUGGCAGCAAGGAGUACUGUUAGAUGCAGAAGUGGAAGGUGAAGAGCCGCAUGAAGAUGAGGCUAAAUGUAAAACAGCAUGUGUCUCCAAAAAAAGGUACUUAUUGCAGAUGUUCACAAAACCACUGUUUUCAGAAGAUACUUUUUUCUUUGAGCUGAUUGAACGUCAAGGGGCCUAUGGUUUUGGGGAAGGCAAUAUCAAAGGACUCUGGAGAGCCAUACAGACCUACUUAGAAAAAACGAUAACAUAACGCAGUGACGUUUCAGCAACAUUAAACUGUAUUACCUGUAUGAUAUAACGCAGUGACAUUUCAGCAACAUUAAACUGUAUUACCUGUU